AUGUCGAUCAGAUGCAAUUACAUUACAGCCCAAGGACAGUGGUGGAACCGGCCUUUUAUUCAUUUCUUUCUUCCUCCCAUACGAUUCAUUAUAGCACUCGCAUCUAUCAUUUUUCUCCUUAAGCUUGCAACACUCAUGGCGCUCACUCAUCGGAUAAUCUGCCUCCGCUACUAUGAACAGGAGUUCAUCGAUUUGGCGCGACAGUCACCUGCAGUGGUUGUCUGCCGCUGUUCGCCAACCCAGAAGGCGGCUAUUGUGCGCUUGAUGCGUCGCUACUCUGGUCGAGUGGUCGCUGCAAUUGGCGAUGGAGGCAACGAUGUUGGAAUGAUUCAGUCAGCAGAUAUUGGUCUUGGCCUUGUCGGAAAGGAGGGACGGCAGGCUAGUUUGGCGUCCGAUUUCAGCCUCGUACAAUUCCGUCAUAUCACCAGACUGCUUUUGGUGCAUGGCCGAAAUGCGUACAAGAAUACCGCUUCGCUUUCGCAAUUCGUAAUACAUCGUGGUAAGAUAAAAUAA